CCCAUUUCCUCCCCCUCAAAGCCACCCAGCCUCCAUCUCCAAUCCCAUCAUUUCCUGCCCCGCCAGGCCGGAUCAAAGCUAGCCAAGCUCCGUUCGUGCGGCCGGGGUCUCGUCGAGCGCGCGCGGGGAUCGUCUUUGACCUCGUAUCCUACAGGCGUCAUGGCGCAGCGGGACAACAAGGUGGAGGAGCCGACGGAGGUGCACCUGCACGCGCCGGACAUCGCGCUCUGCGCCAACAGCUGCGGCUUCCCGGCCAACCCCGCCACCAACAACCUCUGCCAGAACUGCUUCAUCGCCGCCUCCUCCACCUCCUCCUCGUCCACCCCAUCGCCACCAUCCCCUUCGUCCUCCUCGCAGCCGGCGCUGCCGUUCCCGACCCUCUUCGACAAGCCGAGGGCGCCCGCGGCCGCGGCGCAGCCCGUGUACGUGGCCGUCGACAGGCCGGCCGCCGGCCCCGCGGACCCGAAGGCGUCCAGGUCGUCGUCCGUCAACCGCUGCCACAGCUGCCGGAAGCGCGUGGGCCUCACGGGCUUCCGCUGCCGCUGCGGCGAGAUGUUCUGCGGCUCCCACCGCUACUCGGACCGCCACGACUGCAGCUUCGACUACAAGUCCGCCGCCAGGGACGCCAUCGCCAAGGAGAACCCCGUCGUGCGCGCGGCGAAGAUCGUUAGGUUCUGACGUUCUGA